AUGCUAUCGGGUUUUAAACCGGACAUAACAUUUGACGAUCGCAACGACAGAUUCGAUUUGACAUCCCUGAUCCGUUAUCAAAAUAAAUACUACAAUGAUGAUAUUCCAUCAAAUAGACGUAGCAAUUCACAAAGAAAUGUAUGUGACGGAAAAUACGAUGUAAUUGUUAUAGAAAAUAAUAGAACAGUUAACACAAAAAUUGACCCAUACAAAAUUAUAAAGAAAAUUAAACGGAUAGUAAGAAAAGAAUUAAGAAAUGUAGCAAAAGAUUUAACUAAAAGAUGGAAGCGAUCUUUAGAUGAAGUAUAUCCCAUAGACAAUAAAAUGGAUAUAAACGACGUAAACAGUAUUGAAAAUUUUGAUAUAAAAUUUGACGAGUUGCUCGGUAGAAAGUCUUUAAAUAAUGUUUUCGUAAACCUACGUGGCAGAAGACGUAGAGGAAGCCACGUAGUUGAUGAAUCAUCUAAGAAAGAAGAUACAUUUAAUCCAAAAGGGGACACAAUUUUAAACUAUGCUUUUCCUAUUCACAUGCUCGUACGCGGGUUUUUGUUACCACCUACAGUCGCUUGA